GUAUUAUCGAUUUAUUGGUAUCAUCGAUAAUUUUACAGCUGGGGAACAAAGCAACCAAUUGCGUCUCAUUAUAAAAAAGCGAAAAUAAAUAACAAAUCAAACGAAACGCAAUUUCCAAAAUGUCGGAAAUAAAGGCGUUGGAGCACGCCACGCUAAAAGUGCCAUACGAGAUACUGAACAAACGCUUCCGCUCAGCCCAAAAGAUAAUCGACCGUGAAGUCGAUCAAGUAAUGAAUGUUUCCCGUCAAGUGGAAAAGGCCUUGGACGCCCAGCAACCUCCAAUUCUAUCAGACAUGACCAAGCUAGUGGCCAAUGUUGAGCAGAAAUUGCAGGUGCUCAAGCGCAAGGCCGACGAGAGCAUCAACGAUGAGCUGAACGUCACACAAAUCUGCAAGCGCAAGCUGGAGCACCUCAAGGGCAUAAUCCCACGCAGCAAUGGUGAUGUUUGCCUGGGUUCGGUUGAUCAGUGGAAGCGCAUUCGACUCGAUCGCUUGGUCAUCGAGCAUCUGUUGCGCAUGGGUUACUACGAGACGGCUGAAGAGCUGGCAGCCCGUUCGGAUGUGCGCCACCUGACCAAUCUGGACAUCUUUCAAACGUCUCGCGAAGUGGAGGACGAUCUGGCUAAUCACAGCACAACGAAAUGUGUGCUCUGGUGCAUUGACAACAAGUCAAAGCUGCGCAAAAUCAACUCAACCAUUGAGUUCAGCCUGCGUGUGCAGGAAUUUGUCGAGCUGGUGCGUCAAAAUCAACGCUUUGAGGCUGUCAAGCAUUCUCGUCGCUACUUUCCCGCUUACGAGAAGACCCAGUUGAAUGAGAUCUGUCACGUCAUGGCCCUGCUGGCCUAUCCGGCUGACACCGAUAUCGAGCAUUACAAAAAAUAUACAGAUCCCAAACGCUGGGAGCAGCUGGUUCUUGACUUUCGUCACGAAAACUAUCGCCUCUUCCAGCUGUCGAACACAUCAGUCUUCUCAGCAGCCGUACAAGCGGGGUUAUCAGCAUUGAAGACGCCACAAUGCUACUCGCAGACCUGCCGCAAUCUCAACUGUCCCGUCUGUCAGGAGGAUCUCAAUCGGAUUGCGCUCAAGUUGCCAUAUUCGCACUGUGUGCAGAGUCGACUCAUUUGUCGCGUCACCGGCAAGCCACUCAACGAGCACAAUCACCCGAUGAUGUUGCCAAAUGGCCAGAUCUAUGGUCGGUCCGCACUGCAGAAGAUAACCAAAGAAGAUGGCACCAUUACUUGCCCGGUUACAAAUGUUAAGUUUACCAAACCCAAAAUCGACAAAGUAUUUAUCAUGUAAGCUGACCACACAAUGUCAGCUCCCUAGAUGUUGUUAAAAUCAAAUCCUUAUACAGUAGUCGCUGGAAAACUUUAUUAUCGCUCAACUAUCCUCAGUUCUGAAGCACUUAUUGGAUAUUAUGAUUCAAUUAAUUUUCCUUCAAUUGAAUUGCCGUAAAAGACUGCCGUAAUAUGUGAUUCGAUGAUCAAAUAUUAUCGGCUUAAUUUUCAAGCGAUUACUGUACUAUCAUUAUGUUAAGCAAAAGACUAUAUUUUGUAUAACUCAUAUAUAUAUAUACGUAUUUAUUAAGUAGCGCUUCACAUGUCAACAAGAACUGCGCAUUUGAAUUUCGAUUACGACUAAAUAAUUCUUUCGUCCAGCAUUUGCUUGGCGUCGCUGCGCCGUCGCAACUCUAUUGAUUUUUCGUGGCAGCGCUGUCGGUAACAGCAGCAGCAACAACAGCAGCAGCAGCAGCAGGAGUAUGUCGAUGUUGAUUCAUGCUGUGUGCAACGCGGACGACGUUAUUUAAUUCCUCCUAAGUGAAAAAAAAAACACUUCAAAUAUAUCAAUAUAAAUAAAGAAAAAUCAUAUAAAUAAGCC